AUGUCAUCAAUGCAAUGGCUGGUUGGGCAGCUAUCCACUCAGUACUGUGUAAGGAUACUGGACACAAUGAAUCCUGGAGUUGAAUACGUAACAUUCAAGAGUGACUGCUACUACCAAGCAAAUUUACAAGUUAACCCUACAAAUCUUUCAUACGUACAAAGUGGCUCGUGCUUCCCGUAUCAAGACGCUUCCGCUCCAGUCAAAAGGUGGUUCUAUUGCUUCUGCAACGACCGAGAUUACUGCAACACUUCAGCCACAACAUCGGUGUUUCUUGUUAUGACAAUACUGCUUUUAAUAAAUUUCUUCAUGUAA